GGAGUGUUCACUGAAGUCAACAGUGGUUAGACCAGGACCAUGGAAUUCGGUGUCUUGCUCCUCCUCACUCUCACUGUGGGCUUCUUGCUAUUCUUAGUCAGCCAAAGUCAGCCAAAGACCCAUGGGCACUUGCCACCAGGACCUCGUCCCCUGCCCUUCUUGGGGAACCUCUUACAGAUGAACAGAAGAGGCUUUCUGAAUUCUUUCAUGCAGCUUCAAGAAAAAUAUGGAGAUGUGUUCACAGUACACCUGGGACCAAGGCCCGUGGUCAUAUUGUGUGGGACAGACACCAUAAGAGAGGCUCUGGUGGACCAAGCUGAAGCUUUCUCUGGUCGGGGAACAGUUGCUGUGCUCCAUCCAGUUGUACAGGGAUAUGGUGUGAUCUUUGCCACUGGGGAACGUUGGAAGACCCUUCGGCGAUUCUCUCUGGUCACCAUGAAAGAAUUCGGAAUGGGAAAGCGGAGUGUAGAUGAGAGGAUAAAGGAGGAGGCCCAGUGUUUGGUGGAGGAGCUGAAGAAAUACAAGGGAGCCCCCCUGAACCCCACCUUCCUCUUCCAAUCCAUCGCAGCAAACACCAUCUGCUCCAUUGUCUUUGGAGAGCGCUUUGACUACAAAGACCACCAGUUCCUGCAUCUGCUGGAUCUAGUCUAUAAGACAUCUGUCCUUAUGGGCUCCUUGUCCAGCCAGGUGUUUGAGCUUUACUCUGGCUUCCUGAAAUACUUUCCUGGUGCCCACAAACAAAUCUUCAAAAACCUACAGGAAAUGCUCAACUACAUUGGCCAUAUUGUGGAGAAGCACAGGGCAACCUUGGACCCCAGUGCUCCACGAGAUUUCAUCGAUACUUACCUUCUGCGCAUGGAGAAGGAGAAGUCCAACCAUCACACAGAGUUCAAUCACCAGAACCUUGUGAUCUCUGUGCUCUCUCUCUUCUUUGCUGGCACCGAGACCACCAGCACCACGCUCCGUUGCACCUUCCUGAUCAUGCUCAAGUACCCCCACGUUGCAGAGAAAGUCCAAAAGGAGAUUGAUCAGGUGAUUGGCUCACACCGGCUACCAACCCCUGAUGAUCGUACCAAAAUGCCAUAUACUGAUGCAGUCAUCCAUGAGAUUCAGAGAUUUGCAGAUCUGACCCCGAUUGGUCUACCACACAGAGUCACCAAAGACACCGUGUUCCGAGGGUACCUGCUUCCCAAGAACACUGAGGUGUACCCCAUCCUGAGUUCAGCUCUCCAUGACCCACGGUACUUUGAACAACCAGACACUUUCAAUCCUGAGCACUUCCUGGAUGCCAAUGGGGCACUGAAGAAGAGUGAAGCUUUUCUGCCCUUCUCUACAGGAAAGCGCAUUUGUCUUGGAGAAGGCAUUGCCCGAAAUGAAUUGUUCAUUUUCUUCACCGCCAUCCUGCAGAACUUCACUUUGGCAAGCCCUGUGGCUCCUGAGGACAUUGACCUCACUCCCAUUAACAGUGGUGUAGGCAAAAUACCCUCACCAUACCAGAUAAACUUCCUGUCCCGUUGAAUAGGUUGAGAGAGAAGAGUCAAUGGAAUGACGUGUCCCCAGUGCCGUACCCUAUGAAUGGAAUAGUAAAACCUAAUGAAGUGGCUUUCUUGUUACAUAGACAGAGAGACUUCUGGAGGCCACAGCUUGUUGUGAGACACCUCUCUCAUGCUUGUUCACAGCCAUAGUCCCUACUUGUUAGGAAUCUAGACUCCAGGAUCUGUGGGAACAGACCAGAGAUGGUUUCUCUUGAGUUGGCUCCAUUCUAAUCCCAUGUGGUGUGUUGGGGGGUCAUGUUUGAGGACCCCCUUCGUAGAUGAGUAACAGACCCUAUGAUGGCAUCACAGUGCUAGUGAGUAGUGGGGAACAAAAUUAUGCUGUGAGUCUAGAAGAGCAACCCCUCUCCUGCUUCUGUUUCAAUUCAGAUGAAAUUCAUAUAACGAAGCUGACAAAAUCUUUUAAUUUUGUAUUCUGGCCAGAGGCUCAUGUAGUUCACACUGACCUCAAAAUCCUAUAUACAUCCAAAGAUGUCUUGAAAUCUCGAUCUCCUGACCAGUGCUGGCAUCACAGCCACAUGGACGUAUACCCAGAUUUUAAAGUGACUAUAUCAUAAUGUUUAUAUUUUAAUCUCCUUUAAUUUAUUUGCAAUAUUACAACUUCACUAUCUAAUUCCAGGUAUUUUGUCACACUUAACCAACACCACCAAAAGCCCCAACCUAUUCAAAGAUCAAUCCCUCAUCCCCUCUCUCCAUAACCUCCCCUGCACUCAACACCCACCGUGCCACUUUUGUCUGACUUUUGUGUCAUUGGACUGUCCUGAAUUGUGUGUCUCAUAGAAAAACAACGACAUGAUCUUUAAUGCUGGCUGACUUUUAUGCCACACCCAACUUCUCAGGCCCCUGUACUGUG